AUUCGAAUUUUUCGAAUUCUUCUUCUUUUUCGAAUUUUCAUAGAGUCAAAAAAAAAAAAAAAAAGAGUCAUGAUGUUCAUACCAUUAGACGAGAUGGAUUUGGAGGAUCUCGAAUUUUUGGAAAGAUUGGAAAGAGAGUUAACUCCAUGGGAGCACAAAUAUUUGGAGGAGUUGCACGAACGAAGAGAUCACGAGGAGAAGCUCGAGCGACAAGCCAAGGUCAUGGAGGGAUUCGCCGACGAAGAGCCCAUAUUGGUGUUAGAUCUACCGGGGUAUGUUGAAGAUGAGGUCACCGAGUUCAUGGUCGAGCGAAUCGGGUGCGAGGAUUCACCUUCGUUCGGUGUCGUGUCCAUGGACGUUGGGCAACCCGAUGAUACACGUAUAGACGUCGAAGAAGCUGAAGUAGCCGAGAUCUUGGACGUGGCCCGUGAGAAGGAGUUGCACACGAUGUUCGAAGGGGCCGAAGCGGUCAAAGUUAAAGAGGAGAUCUUGGUCGUGGUCGACGAGGGCUAUGACGAUACAUAUAAGAAGGACCACGCGGAUACAAAGGAGGCAACGUUUCAACAGGUGGUGAUCGAGAUCGAAGAGGUUCCCGAGGUUUGGAUGGUCGAGGAUGAGUCCUUGAGGACAAGGACAUUCUCAAAGGGGGCGGGAAUGAUACGUAAGUGGGUUUUGACCCCUGACGACAAGAAGGACCAAGAGCCAAGACUACCCGAGAAGGCAGAAGAAAGGGCCAAAACGACGCAUGCAUGGCCGAAAAGACGGGUACGAGCUCGUAUGCGAGGCGCACAAGUACACAAGAAAGGGCGCAUUCAAGAAGGGCGCGCACACGCGCAUUGGCGUAGACGCGCAUGGCGCUUGAUGGUUUGGCGAAGUGGCGCGCAGAGGGUGGAUGUUGGGUGGUUGAUGCGCGCGAGGGGUUACCGUGAAUGGACGAGCGUGGCCAAGGGACGAAUAAGCAAAUGGCGCGCAUCGGGCCAUGAUGCGCGCAAAACGGCUACAAGCGAUGGCGCGCUUUGGCCGAGUGAUCGUGCACGAGCGGCAGAAGGGUGCGCGGUAAGCAAGAAGGCCACGGGCGUCGAUUGGGAUGCGUUGGCAUUCGGGGAGUUGGACGGGCGCAAGGUGCGCACGGACUACGGGCGUACGCACGCAAGGGACAGAGAUGCGCCAGUAGCGGGCGUGCGCGAUAGCGCGUUCGCGGUUGACGUCCUAAGCCCAGCGGGCAUAGGAGUGCUGGGAGCAGGCGUGCACGUGCAUAAGGAGCUACAGACCUUAUUUCAACUUGAAAUUGUUACACGACCUAUAACAUCAUCAGAGGGUUAUACAGUUCAAAUUUCGCAGCAAUCGGACGAGUAUACGAAUUUAGAUGAUUUUUCGAAGUUUCAGCAACACUACACGAUUCAAAAAUGCACAACAAUUAAAUCAAUCAAUAAUUUC